AUGAAGACUACAAUCCCGUCUGAUGUUUGGGAAACCAAGCGGUCUCAAAUAUCAAACCUAUACACAGAAGAGGAAUGGCCCCUCAAGCAGGUCAUGAAGAAGAUCCGUACUGAAGACUUCAAUCCGACUGAGACCCAACUGCGAAGCAGACUCAAGAAAUGGGGAGUCACCAAGCCCUCAAGGCAGAGACGGAAGAGGCCUGCAAGCCGCCCUACUGAUCGCGGAGGAUCAUUAUUGUCACCAACACAAGCAAUGGAACUGCGCAACCACGUCAACGACAACUAUCCUCCUCAAUUCAUUGGAUACCCUCCUCCCGCUGGGCAACCAGUUCACCCUGAAGCCUGGGAUUCUCGAGUACGCUGGAUAAUAGCGCCUUCGCAUGAUCGUGGGCAUCAGCUCAAAGUCGCGCCAUGCUGUGAUGACCGCCGCGCGAGCGCUUCCUCAAAUGCUUCUCUGAUUGAAGGCCCUUGUCAGUCCCCAAUCGGCUAUUCUGAUCAUCAUCACCAUCAUCAUCAUCAUACACACACCAUGAAUCGCCACUAUCCGAAUGCAAACCCUACUCAUGGCUCUUCCUCUAGCAUUGAAAGUUGCUCAGCACUAGCUUUCACUGGGAUCAAUCCCAACCUUACCACUUCCUCGGGCGACAUCACACCCCCAAGCGAUGCUGCAUCGAGUGGCCUUCCGGCCGGCUGGCAAUCACCCGAUAGCGCUCAUCAUGCAGUUCGCACCCCAAGAUCUACCCUCCCAUCUCCUGCUAUCCAGCCCACUAGCCCAUGGAGUUAUCCUACCCCUGAGAUGUGCCAGCGAUGCUCACCCACCAUCUACCCUCUCGAUGAUCCCACCGUGGAGCAACAAGUUAACUAUGUGAAAGAGUAUCUGGACAACGAGGACAGCCUCUCAUACCCAUCUGUCUUGGACCUUCCUUUGAACGAUGGCGAAAUUCUAGACUCAUACUCAAUGAAGCCCUGGAAACGGCCCUCGUCCAGUGGAGAAGGCUCAGUUCGAUUUUCAGGUGCAGGAGAUUCUUCUCCCUCCCAAGAAUGUCAAAACAUAGAAUCCCAAACUCCAGCACCCUCAGCGGCAUGCACCACUGUCGUAACACCGCCUUCUACCUUGGAUGUAACCAGCGGGUAUCCAAAAAUAGAGUCUCCAGGGCCUCUAGACAUUUCUGGUAUAGGGAACCCACUGACUCUAUGGGACUCGCAUCCCAUCAAUCAUACCCGCCCGAUGCCAUGA